UCCUCAUCGCCUUAUCCGUAUCUAAUACCAUUCAUCACUCACAAAGCCAUAAUCAUGUCUACCGCAGAUUGGCAAGUGAAAGCGGAGAGAAAACGAUCCGAGGUUGCUGCGAAAAUCCCCGACCAAUGGAUCAUUCCCCAAUCCGUUUUGGAAAAAGGGUACUCAACAUUUGAGAUACCUCGACGCUCAGGUAUUCUGACAGAUCGAGAAAUUGAGAUCACGGAGCUUCAUGACGCCACCGAUCUAGUGCGAAAACUCGCCUAUGGGGAAUACAAAUCGGUGGAAGUGACUACUGCAUUUGCCAAGCGAGCAGCGAUCGCUCAGCAGUUGACAUGUUGCUUAACCGAGAUAUUCUUUGAAGCUGGGCUUCGUCGAGCUCAAGAACUUGAUGACCAUUUGAUGGCUACAGGAAAACCCGUAGGUCCCCUUCAUGGGCUUCCUAUCAGCAUCAAAGAAUCCUUUAGCGUCACCGGAAUUCAGACUACUCUGGGGUUUGUCUCGUUCUUGGAUCGCCCCCCGUCUAUACAAAAUUCCGCCUUAGUGGAUAUCCUUCUUGCAGCUGGUGCCGUUUUAUAUGUCAAGACCAACAUCCCUCAGACGAUGAUGACAGCCGAUUCUCAUAAUAAUGUCUUCGGGAGAGUUCUCAACCCCCAUAACCCAGACCUUACGGCCGGGGGGAGUAGUGGGGGAGAAGGUGCACUCGUUGCGUUACGUGGCUCACCUCUUGGAGUUGGAACAGACAUUGCCGGGUCCAUUCGCAUUCCAGCACUGUGUUGUGGCAUUUUAGGCUUCAAGCCAACCGUGGGCCGUGUUCCAUACGGGGGCCAGACAUCUGCCUCGCGGCCUGGAAUGGCUGGAAUUCCGCCAACUGCUGGACCUCUCUGCCAUUCUUCAAGGGAUGCAGAGCUGUUCUUGAAGGUUAUGUUUAAUUCGAAUGCCGCCGAUCUUGAUGAUGGGGCUCUUGGGAUUCCAUGGACAGAGCCUAAUCCUCAACCCAUUCUCAGGAUCGGAGUGAUGUGCGAGGAUCCGCAACGCCCAGUUCAUCCCCCCAUGGAAAGGGCCUUAGCCGAGGCAGUGAAGAAGCUGACCACAGCUGGCCAUCAAAUUGUUGACCUGAAAGAUAAAAUUUCCUUUGUGGCCGAAGCUUGCGCUGUUUCAUGGGAAUAUUUCUCAAUUGACCCGGAUCGAACGCCAUUAAGCCACAUCGCUCGCGGCGGCGAGCCUCCUGUUCCCUCACUUCGGUUCACCUAUGAUCUUGAUGGUAAAGGACCGGUGCCUGAUCUACGCAAGCUCUUUACGUUGAAUGUGUCACAAAGGGAUAUAAUGGCAAAGAUGCGACGCGUUUUUGUGGAACACAAGCUGGAUGUCAUUAUUGGGCCUGGCUACCAGAGUUGUGCAGUACCCCAUGAUACAUAUGGGUUGCCUAUGUACACCGUGCUUGAAAAUUUGGUUGACUACCCGGCCUGUGUCAUACCGUUCGGCAAGGCAAACGAAUCUGCCGAUGGUAGCUAUCUGCGAAACAUAACGUAUCAACCUCCCUAUCAACCUAAGAGAGUCGAAGGUGCACCUUGUCAUAUUCAACUCGUUGGAAGGCGCCUCAUGGAUGAAGAACUGGUACAGAAUAUGAAAAUGGUAGAGAAGGUUUUGCGAUCAUAA